GAGCUGAACAACCAUUUCAGUGUUGAGCAUUGAGCGCGCACGAACAGAACUAGAACACACAGUAGAAGGAUGAGAACGGUUUAAAUAAACGUGGAUCACUUUUGGAAGUAUUUCGAAUAAAGAAACUUAUUGUUGGGAUGAGAGCGUGAACUGGUUCAAGGCCAACCAGAACCCCUAUUUAUCCUGAGCUUUGAUUGAACACUGAUAACAGAACAACAUGGCGUCCACCGAGGAGCCGUCUGGAACGGUCCUGCACCGCCUUAUCCAGGAGCAGCUUCGCUACGGCAACCCCACAGAUGCCCGCACCCUCCUGGCCAUCCAGCAGCAGGCCCUGCGUGGAGGAGGAAGUGGGCCCGGGAGCGGAGGAGAGGCGUCCGGCAGCCCCCGCUCCUCCCUGGAGAGCCUCUCCCAGGAGGAGCCCCAGUUCCCCCAGCUGUCUGCUCGCCAGGAGCCUCAGGGCCAGGAGCACCAGGGGGACUACCAGCACUCAGAGAGCAGCUACCAUCUCUACCAGCUCCACGGGGAGGAGCUGCCCAGCUACGAGCAGGCUAAGGCCCACUCCCAGUACCUGGCAUCCCACUGGGCUGCCUCCAUGGACCCCCAGAAGGGGCAUCACGAGGGGGGCUUCCACGAGGAAGGGGAUCUGAUGGAGGUUAAGCGUGGGCACGUGCGGUCGCUCAGUGAGCGUCUCAUGCAGCUUUCCUUGCAGAGGAACAGCAUCAAGUCUGAGGCCAUCAAGAGCUCUUCUCACAGCUACCCUGAGCUGGGCUACUAUGACCCACAGACACUCCCCAUACCAGGGCCAGGCCAGGACAAACGUAACCCACCUCCAGAGUACUCAGGCCCCAUCCAGGCACAGGGAUUUGUACCCAUCCUUGCCCAGGAGCCCCAGUGUGUCUACAGGGACAUGCCCCAGCCCCUCCUAACUCAGCAGCACAGGUAUGCGGUGACUGUCCAGCAGCCAGAGGCCUGCUACAGCAUGUUUACCAGCCUGCCCCCUGCUGGCCUGGAGGAGCCCAACCAGGUGGAGCUGCUGCUGAUGGAGAACGACAGGCUGAGGCAGGAGCUGGACAGCCACAGAGAGAAGGCCGGCAGAAUCCAGAAGUUGGAGCAGGAGAUCCAGCGGAUCUCGGAGGCCUACGAGACUCUGAUGCAGGGCAGCAGUAAGAGGGAGAACCUGGAGCAGACUCUGAGGAGCAGGCUGGUGGCUGAGAUCAGGAGGCUGCAAGACUUCAAUAGAGACCUGAGAGAAAGCCUGGAAAAUGCCAGAACCCAUGCGGCCAAAGAGGUCAAAGCUGCUGACCACAACCAGCACAUCAUGGCGAAACUUUUAGAGCAAAACGAGGAGCAGUAUGUGGAGCGCCAGCGGGCGGAGCGUGAGCUGCAGCGCCUCCGGGCAACCGCCGAGGAGCAGGGCGCCCGGGCGGAGCAGCUGGAGGAGGCGCUGGAGGCGGCCCGGGGGCGGGGCCGGCAGCUGGAGGAGGAGCUGCGCAGGAAGCGGGCCUACGUGGAGAAGGUGGAGCGUCUGCAGAGUGCCCUGGCCCAGCUGCAGGCCACCUGCGAGAAGAGGGAGGGCCUGGAGAUGAGGCUGCGCACGCGGCUGGAGCAAGAACUGAAGAGCAUGAGAGCCCAACAGAGGCAGUCCCAGCCCCCCGGGGUGACGGUGGGCUCUCUGCAGGAGCGCCUGAGGGAGCGGGAGGAGCACAUCCUGGCCCUGGAGGCAGACACGGUGCGCUGGGAGCAGAAGUAUCUGGAGGAGAGCACCAUGAGACAGUUCGCCAUGGACGUGGCCGCCACCGCUGCCGCCCAGAGAGACACCACCAUCAUCAACCACUCUCCAUGUCACUCGUCUAACAACAGCUUCAAUGAGGACCUGCCCGUCGCUGACUACAGAAACCAGGAAAUGGAGAGCAGGAUCCGGGCUCUGUACGUCCAGAUCCUGGAGAAGGAUGCCGUCAUCAAGAUCCUGCACCAGCGUCUGCUCCAGGACCAGGGCAGGAGGCAGGGCAUGUGCCCCCGCUCAGACCUGGCCCAGAAGGAUGGCUCCACCCUGCGGGCCGCCACCUCCACCCCCGCCAUCAGCACUGCCAAGUUCACCAGCAAGAAUGCAGUUAAGAGUCUGUCAGAUGACCAGACGGCUUCCCCACUUCGCUUCUCUGCUCUGUCUAACCCUGGCCAAGACCAGCAGGAUGGAGCUACAGCUAUGGAGCCAGCCACCAGCAACAAGCUCAGCACUGAAAAUGCAGUGCAACAAAAGUCACGUCCAAACCCUUUUAAAGGACUGGAUGACUUGGAGGCUGAAGCGGUGGAAAUCUUCAUAUAAGGAACUUAAAGACUUGUGAAUGUGGACUAGAUGUGACAGGGGUGACGUCCCUGUAACGAGCAGUGGAAGGAAGCUGAGAAACUCCAGAACGUUCAUAGAUCAACAAACUCACAAAGAGUGACAAGACGGGAAUGUUGUAGAAUGAGAGGAAAUUGUGUGAAAAAGGACUGGUUUCACAUUUAGAAGGGAGCUGUGCUCUCUCUCUAGCUUUCUCUUUGACCUGGACUAAUGCAGGCAUGCGGUCUGGUUGUGAGUUAAAAAAUGUGAAACUUUUGAGGUACUUGGACAGUAUUUUGGAUUGCAAUUGGGCAACAUAUUGUCAAGAGUGUAUGCCAAAGUAUUUAUAUUUGCUGCUUUCUCACAUAACUAUGAUUAACUUAAAAACUCCCAUCCAUGGAGUUCAGGAACUUUUUCUUACAUCUGGUUGUCACAUUCCCCAAAUAUUAACUUAAAGCCCCAUGGUAUUUCAAAUUGAUCUUAAGAUCUUAUCUUUUGUGGACUCAUGACUAGCAUUCCCUCCCAUCUCUAAAAUGUUACAUUAACUAGCCACAUUCCUGUUUCAUGGAAUUUGUCUGUUUGGAAAGACUCCCAUUUCUUUAUAAUUUGAUUGAAGAAAACGGUCAUGAUUCACAUUUUGCUCCCUGAACUCACUCAAGGAACCUCUGGAGCUGGUUCUACUGGGGUUCAGAUCUGAGUGAGCUGUUUUCAUCCCAGUUUCCACGAUUUGAAUGGCCUUUUCCAUGUGUGAGAGUGUACAGUUAUUUUCAUCCGUUUUCUUUUUAUGAAUGUGUGUGUUUGUGUGUGUGUCCUAAUAUGGUGUGUCUGCUGGUCAGAUAACACCAUGGGGAUAAAGCUACAAGCUACAGUUGGGUUGUUGUUUCCUGUAGGCUUUGGAUGAACUAACAGGUUAAUGAUUAUAUAUUUUAUACAGAUGUUUGUAUUAUUUUAGAUACAGUAUGUAGUGCUCUGUGCAGGAUGCCAAAGAUUUUAUGUGUGUUGUAAGUUAUGUUCAGACAAUCAGAUAUGUUAAGCUGUCAGACCGAAGUGUUGACCUUAAGACAUUUCUGUGAACUCCUAACAAUAUGAAGGUUGUGAAUUUGAAUUCAUUCAACAUUUCAUAAAGCAAUAAAAUAUUCUAAUAUAUAAA